AACACUGCUCACUUGAUACUUCCACAACAUCAUCAUGGCGAGGUCUAGCAGCUCUUCACUUCUCUGCCUCUCACUGUGCCUUUUCGCACUCCUCUCCCACACUUCUCAGGGUAGGCAGCAAUGGCAGCAGGGAAACGAGUGCCAGCUGGACAGGAUCAACGCGAUCGAGCCUGACAACCGCGUCCAGAGCGAAGCCGGUACCAUCGAGACUUGGAACCCAAGCCAUCAGCAGUUCCAGUGUGCUGGAGUUGCCAUUGUGAGGCGCACGAUCGAGCCCAAUGGCCUGCUCUUGCCUUCCUACAGCAACACUCCUCAGCUCAUCUACAUCGUUCAAGGAAGGGGACACACUGGAAUCAUGUUCCCGGGAUGCCCCGAGACAUUCGAGGAAUCGCAGCAGUCAGGGCAACAACAGUUCCAAGAAGGUGGCAGCUCCCAAGACCAGCACCAGAAGGUUCGCACCUUCCGUGAAGGUGACAUCAUUGCCAUCCCUGCCGGCGUAGCCCACUGGUGCCACAAUGAUGGUAACGAGCCUGUUAUCGCUGUGACCGUCCACGACACCUCCAGCCACCUGAACCAGCUCGACAACAACCCCAGGAACUUCUACCUGGCCGGGAACCCACAAGACGAGUUCCAGGAAUCACAGCAAGGAGGAAGGCUGAGCCGCGGCCAGGACGAGAGGCGAAAGAGACGCCAAGGAGGCUCCACCUCAUGCAACAACCUCUUCUGCGGACUGGACUCCAGCUUCAUCGCCGAGGCUUUCAACAUCGACGAGAGCUUGGCCAGGAAGUUGCAGGGCGAGAAUGACAACAGAGGCAGCAUCGUCCGAGUUGAAGGCCAGCUGGAGUUUGUGCGACCUCCGAGAAGGAUUCAGGAGGAGAGACAGCAGCAGGGUGGCCGUGGCGGACGCUUCCAGCCUCUCGCCAACGGCCUGGAAGAGACCUUCUGCUCCAUGAGGCUGAAGGAGAACAUAGGAGACCCCUCACGAGCAGAUAUUUUCACUCCUGAAGCUGGCCGAAUCACCACCGUCAACAGCCACAACCUCCCCGUCCUUCGUUGGAUCCAGCUCAGCGCCGAAAGGGGCGUUCUUUACAACGAAGCCAUGAGGCUGCCGCACUGGAACCUGAAUGCCAACAGCAUAAUCUACGCCAUCAGAGGGCAGGCCAGAGUCCAGAUUGUGAACGAGAACGGCAACUCGGUGUUCGAUGGUGAGCUGCGCGAGGGACAGGUGCUGACGGUGCCCCAGAACUUUGCGGUGGUGAAGCGCUGCGAGAGCGACAGGUUCGAGUGGGUGUCUUUCAAGACCAACGACAACGCCAUGGUCAACUCGAUCGCAGGACGAACCUCUGCCAUCAGGGCUAUCCCGGCUGAUGUUUUGGCCAACGCAUGGAGGGUAUCUCCGGAGGAGGCCAGGAGGUUGAAGUUCAACCGCCAGGAGACUCACCUGGCCAGCUCAAGGUCUCAGUCCUUCAGAGCUGUCGCUUAGAGGCUAAAAUGAGAGCUGCAGCUUAGAUGCCAGCGGCUGACGUUCUGAGUUUGUAUGUAACGGGAAGCAAGUUGUGGAGACUGGGGAGUAGCCCAUCACCCACUGUAAGAAUAAUGUAAUAAAGUAAGGAGUAAUUA